AUGGGGGAAGAAGGCGGCGGCCGCGGCUGCGGGACCCCUAGGGAGCUGCAGAGGCUGAAGCAGCAGGCUCUGGAGUACUACCGGGAGAACGACGUUCCGCGCAGGCUGGAAGAGCUGCUCAACUCCACCUUCUACCUCCAGCCUGCCGACGUCUACGGGCACCUGGCAAACUGCUUUUCUAAACUUGCAAAGCCUCCCACCAUAUGCAGAGUGGUGGGGAAGAAAGUACUAGAUGGACUGGGGCUUCCCACCCUACAAGUGGAAAUAUUCUGCACCAUUCAAAAUUUUCCCAAGAAUAUAUGUUCUGUGGUGAUCGCGACCCACUUCGAAGUCCAUGAGAAUACUUUCCCUGAGCUAGCUGAAGCAGAGGAAGUAGAACGGUCCAAUGCUGUCAGCACCGCUGUACAGUGGGUCAACGAAACCAUCACCCAGGAGCUUCAGGGCAUAGCACCCUCCAACCAGGCUCAGGUGGAUCAGGUGCUCAGGACAUUCUUUGAAAAUAAAGUACAAGAAGAUAAGGAGAGAAAAGAACUGGAGAAGAGCCUGGAAGAGUCCACAGUGCCUGUACCUUUACCCCUAAUACCACCUCCUCCUCCUCCUCCCGCAAAAAAAAAAGGACAGAAGCAAGGUAUGAAGGAUACCCUUACAGAGAAACCUAUUAUACCGCCAGAACCUGUUGAACCUGUACUCUGUGGCAGCAUGGCCAUCGGGGCUGUGUCACUGGCGGUAGCCAAAACCAGUGCCCUGCUGGGCAGUAAUCCGCUGUACGUCGAUAUCGCAUUACUGAAGCAUCCUCAGGAACAGCCAACAAAGCUAACUAUACCUUCGCUGAUGGUAUCUCUGGUCAGCUGUGGGAAGUCAUCGCCUGGGAAGCUGAAUUUAAUGAAAGAAGUGAUCUGUAUACCUCAUCCUGGAUUAACAGCUAAACAAGGUGUGGAGAUGCUUAUGGAAAUUCAGAAACAAAUUAACAAAACAAUUGAAAUGCCCCCUCCUCCAAAGACAGAGUCGAAGAAAGGGCAUAAUGGAGGCAAAAGAGGCCAACAGCUCAUCACUGGCAAGAUGUCCCAUCUUGGCUGUUUAACCAUUGCUUAUGACACCAUAGAGCAGCCACUGCUCCUAAUACAAGGAAUCUGUGCGAACCUGGGGCUAGAAUUGGGAACAAAUCUGCAUCUGGCCAUUAACUGUGCUGCACACGAGCUGAUGGACUACAGUAAAGGAAAGUAUGAAGUGAUGACGGGAACACACAAAACUGCAGCUGAGAUGGUUGACCUGUACGUGGACCUGAUCGGCAAGUUCCCUUCCAUUAUUGCCAUAAUUGAUCCUUUCAGGAAAGAGGACGCCGAACAGUGGGACAGCAUCUACAGUGCUCUUGGUUCCAGGUGUUACAUAAUUGCAGGAAGUGCAUCCAAAAGUAUUUCUAAACUUCUAGCGGAUGGAAACAUCAGCAUCCCCAAAUCCAGUGGGCUGAUCAUAAAACAUACGAAUCAAACUACGAUGUCUGACUUGGUGGAAGUAACCAAUCUCAUUGACAGUGAGAAGCACAUUGCCAUCUUUGGAAGCGCAGAAGGAGAGUCUUCUGAUGGCAGCCUCGCCGAUCUGGCUGUUGGACUCGGUGUCCGGUUUAUCAAGUUGGGAGGUCUUUCUCGAGGCGAGCGGGUGACUAAGUACAACCGCCUUUUUACUAUAGAGGAAGAACUCGUCCAGAAUGGAACACUGGGCUUCAAGGAAGAGUACACAGUUCUUGGCUCGAACAAGGACAAUGACAAGGCUGCCGAAUCUCACGAGGCUGCGGCGGAGGUGGCUGGGGAGCUGCGUGAACCCCCGCAGCCCAUCUUCCCCGCAGAAGCUGGAGAGGAAUCAGCCAAAGCGUGAGCCUCUUCUGGGCAGGGCUGCACACGCCCACGGACAGCAGCUCCGUCAGUGUUGUUAGACUGCUAGCUCCCAAGUAGGUCCUCAGAUGGGUUUUGCUCUAAAACGUCAAGUGAACUUGUGUGCCCCUUCUUUUCAUGUCACUGUUUGGUAACAUACAUAGUCUAUGUAGAAUUUCUCCCUGAAAUUAUACCUGUGAACUCUGUCUGACAGCUGUCACAUUUCCGUGGAGAUUUUGUUUGUAUGCCAGCUCCCCUGUCCACUUUGGGGAGGGGGCAGGACCGAGUCCAGUACUUUUAUUGCCAACUCAGUUCAAACACCUCAUACUUUACAAAUCAAAACAUCUCUGUAAACAACAAUCUCUUACACUAGAAGAUCUCUUUGCCAGGAACAGGUGUACAUCUUCUGGGUUUAUCUUACACACCUGUGCUAGAAAGCAUGGACAUGUUUUUUUUUUUUAGCCAAUCUCAUGCAGAAGUAGGAGAGCUUCGUUCUUUUCAUUACAGUCAAACAGCUCCCUCUUACUCUCCUAACCUUAAUUCCCUUUUCCCUUGUUCCCUCCUCUUUCUAAAUUUAAUUUUUUUCUUAUAUGUCCUUGUGGGUCUCCUUCAACCCUUUCUGCAACAAGAAUGAGUAUAAACAAACACAUUAGCAAGUGAAUAAAUAUUCUUACGGCAAUUAAGUACCCAAUUAUUUAUACUACAGCACUUAACAGGUGAUUGCAAACAAUGCAAUGUAUAAGCGAACUGAACAGCCUCUUUUGUGAGCCAGGACGGGGGGUACAGCGGAGGAGAAACAGAAAUCAACUUACCCGAACACAUACCUAUAGAUAUAAUAAUGCCAAACUGCUUUGUAUGAUUUAGGUUCUCUGUUCUAAGUUAUUUGCUUUUCCCCAAAAUUACACACAUUCCUAUAUACUGACCUGUGGGAGAGUUGGCUACCGUGUUUCCCUGAAAAUGAGACCGAACCGGAAAAUAAGCCCUAGCGUGAUUGUUCAGGAUGACACCCCCUGAACAUUAAGCCCUAAUGCGUCUUUUGGAGCAAAAAUUAAUAUAAGACCCGAUCUUAUUUUCGGGGAGACACGGUUAAGUUUAGAUUUCUGGUAUAUUCUGUAAGUUUUUGCCAAACACACCGAGGACCUUUACUGACAGGGGGCCUCAGGGCACAGCCAUGGCCUUACUCUCGAAGCAAUGACCUAAAUUGGGCUCAGGGGCAGAACUGGUGGGUAUCUAAGUUGGGGGAACAGUGUCAGCUUUGGGGUUGCUACUGCCUCUUCUGACGCUUAGAACAAACAAUGGGGUACAAGAAGCUGGCAGGGAAAUUCAUUUUCAAGGACGAGGAACAUGACUGGUGCUCACGCAGCCUCUGCAGAGGUACAUACGUGCGUACACACAAGAAAUAUGGGAGACCAUGUGAGAACAUGCCCUGGAACUGUGACACAAAUUAAAAUGAAAUGAACGGAACCCAGGCAAACAUGUGCAACUGAGUUCAACCGCUAAAUUAAAUUAACCAAAGAGGUGAUUUAUUACCUCCACCAGACCAGCACUUUCAUUUCAAUAGAGCCCACCUUAAUUCGCCGUCACCUCACUUGAGGAUUGCGGUCACCAGUGGGUAGGCAGUACUUCAAAUUUCUUAAAGCGAUAAGCACUGUUUCUAUUUUUCUGUCUACAUUUGUUAUAACAACAGAUAUAAAACAUAUGUCUUACAUGUAAGAUAUUAUCUGUAAAAGAGAUGAAAGAAACCAGUCAUCUCCCAUAUUAAGAAAUGCCAGUGGAAUUGGGAAGUGUUCACACUCGGAAGAAACGUCAAUCCUUAAGUCAGGACUACUUGAUGAUCCUUCUGAGGUUGGUGAUGGCUAUCCACUCUCCACGACUUAUUGCCAUAUAACCUAAAGCUGUUCCAUGAUGAAAGUGACUAAACACGUAUAGCAUGCAUGUAGAAAAACCAUCCAAACUUUGUUUUUAACAAUCUGUGCUAUGGACUAUCACUUAGCUGACAACCAACCAAAAAAUGGUCUGGAAAGAUGAUUAAUGGUAAUUUUUACCUGUACUACCUACUCCAUUCGCAACAAACAUGUUACUGGUAAGGAGGAAUUACUGGUGAGUACCCAGAGCCAACACGUCCCUCCUUUUCCCCCAGACCAACGAGGCUGGGUGGUUACAGCCCGGCAGACCUCUGCCCAUCAGAAUUUCCACAGGACCAAUCAGCCACUGAAACUUCCACGGGUGACACUGUGAGACUAGCUCAGAUACAAAAGGCUGCUGGAAUUUUGGUUAAAUUCCUAUUCUUUCAGAAGAAGGGAGACAUUUUCUUUGUCGGUUUUUUUUUUUUACUGGCAAGAGCACAUGUACCCCUUCCCUCACUCUGGCUAUAAAAACGCAUCAACGUGAGUUAGAAAACUCUGUAGAUGAUGAGGCAUAAUUUGUAUUUCCAAAACAGAAGGAAGAAUAAAUAAUUUUUUAGAGAAAACAAAAAAAUAAAGAUGGCAGCCCCUUGUAACUUUAAAAUAGUAUAAGUAGGGUGUCUAUAAUUUUUGUAUUCAAAUAGCUGAGAACGUACCUUGAAGAUACAAACACUAGUCCUCCAAUGUCUCCCCAUCCCAGACCAACUGCUUGCUGACAACUGUACCCCACAGGGGCAAAACUUCCUAAAAUCUGAUGUAAAAAGGGGAAAAGUGUACAUAGAAAAAGAUCCUACAUCAACUAUCUUUCUAUCCAAUUAAUUUGAAAUGCUUUGUGAUCAUGGUGAAGGAAAGGAAGCAGCUUAGAAACGGCAAGAACACUUCCAAACUACCAGUUACUACUGUUGCCUGGCCUAGCUAACACACCUCACCAAACGGUUCACUUCUUACCUGGAAACGAGGGUGCUCUUAUAACUGCAAUGUUCUGUUGAUGUGUGUGAUAAGCUAUGGAAUAAGACUAUCUUUAUAUUCCUAAGUGUGUACGACACACACCCACAGACCGAUGACAGACACAGGAAGGAGGAGAGCAUGAAGAAACGUGGAAUAAAAGUCCUCAAAAUUAGCCAUUUUGUCGAUUAUUCAAAAUUACUGAAGUUAUCAACUCAUAUAAUUUUCUUAUUAAAGAAUGUCAAGUUUGAGCAACUAACCCAAAAAUGUCAAUAACCACAACUGACCUUUCAUGGGAAACUGGAUGCUUUUUAAUAAGUGUGGUGAGGAGAGUUCAAUCACAGCAUAACAGAACUUGUUGAAGUGCAUUAAUGCAGUUUGUAGUUAGUAUAUCACAUAGCAGUAUUAUUCAAUUAGGGAAGAUUACAGUUGAAAAACGUUACAUUUUAAUUCCCCAGGAGGAAACUGAGAAGGAACUGUAAAAUCAUCACUGGAAGAACAUGAAAACAGUCAAGCAUAAUGCACCUACAGAAAGAUAAUUAUCUCCAAAUACAGGAAGUACGUCAGGUAAACUACCCACCUCUUCAAGCCUAUGCUUAGCAUACGUGCAAAAAUAAAGUACAAUACAAAUACUGCAAUUAUUACUAUAUCAUUUUCCUUUGCCCUUCGUAAGAAACACCUGACAGCUACAUGCUGAGCCAUGCUAACAAAACCAAACCUUUCACUUUCUUUAAUAGUAAAAUUAUCAUUACUGAAUCAUUGUCAUAAAAAAAAACGCAUUCAAGUACAUUACCACUUAUUUUAAAUAAACACCAAUUUUGAAACAAUCAACUUUGAAAAGCUGCACAAGCUUUUUUAAAAAAUCCCUGAUUACAUUUCUAUUUAUUCACUGUGGUAGGCUGAAACAUUGUAUUUUUAGAGACUGACUACCACUUAAUUUCUUUAAAAAAAAGAAAAAAAAACACCAAAAAACAAAACAAAAAAAACCCCUGCCUAACGUAGAAUAGUAGUGAAGCAAGAAAAUUGUGUGCUUGUCGCUGAUCUUCACUGUACAGAAGAACUGUGAUAAAAUAUGGUCCUUGUGCCACAUUAGUACAUGAGAAAACACAAUUAACUCACAGCACAGAGCACAUCGUUUACCAACACUCCACUGAACUCAAGGGCUGCACUUUCACCUCAAUUCUGCAUUCAGGCCACCAGAGCAUUUCCACCCAAGUCCUUGGGAGGCUUUGGACAUGAUCAAUAGCAUGUAUUUUUCAUCCCAUAGUUAACAGUGUGUGUAAUUAACAUUGACUAUGCGACUACUGGUUUGAUGCCAGCUCCUGAAUUUUAAGUUUAUCUCAGUAUAUCCUAGAAAGGAAUUUGUAUGCCAUAGUACCUAACAAUUUCCAUGCUACUACAGUCUCUCCAUCAAAAGAGGCUCAGAAGCAAAAAACGGCUCAGAGGCAAAAAAAAAA